CGCCAAAAGGCAGCGACUUGCCUUCUGCAGUGUCCACGGCUCAGCGCUUCAACUGAGGGAUGACGGUAAGACCAUGAGACGUCUGUACGCCACUGACGACGACACCAGCGCCAUCACCUUCAGCAACAGACCGAUCGACAUCGGUGAAAAGAUCACCGUCGAGAUCACAGAGUACAGAUCCAGGUACAGCGAGGAUGGAAGGGGCGUCGUGAUCCUGGGUCUAACCACGGAAGAUCCUUCGACACUUUCUCAAAUAGACUUACCAGCCUGUGUCAUUGACCUCACGGCCCAGAAGAACUACUGGGCGAGGCGGAUCAAGGGGAAAUACGUCGGCUCAGGGGACACGCUGACGUUCUACCUGGAUAAAGACGGAAACCUGACCUACAGCCUGAAGGAUGUGCAGGAUGAGGUCCACCUCUGUGACAUCCCGACAGACAAACCACUGUGGGCAAUCCUGGACAUGGACGGUGGAGCAACGACUCUGACAUUUAAAGAUGACCGCCCUGAGGAGAAGGGAUUCAGGAUGCCGUGGGAGGGGUGGAGUAUUGAGCCUGACAUCACCACUUCUCCUGCUGCUGAGACAGACAAGAUGAGAGAUGGGACACCCCAGACUACUGAACACAACACAGAAGAGGAGGCCACACCUGCAAGAAGUCCCGCGUCUCCCCCAGAACCAGAUGUUGACGCUGACGCAAUGACUGAGGAAGAAAAACUGGCGUUUGCCUUUCAAAAGUUCAAGGAACAAGUGAAGGAUCCUGCAAAAGAACAGCCACCAGAGGAGCUCAUCCAACUGAUCAAUGCCAUCAGACAGAGAAGUGAAGAUGGUGAUGAUUCUUCUGAUUCUGAAGGUUAG